UAACCCACCGUUUGUGUCAUCUUCGUCCUUCAACCAUCACGUGUUAGAGGUAGGAAUGAUGAACUUGAAGCCUAUCCCUGAAGUCAACGAGAGGGAGGAGUUGUAAGGACGGGUGGACGUGGAUUUGUUUUCUUCUCUUAAACUAUCCUGUCCUUAUCUUUUCGGGCUUGAACCCAACCUUGUCGUAUUUUAUCAUGGAUUGUUGCUUUACUUUCAAAAGCUUCCGCAUCGAACAUUUAUAUUAACUCCGUUAUGUUUGAUUGAACUGUUUUAUUUGAUUUUGUUAAAGUCAUUAUCUAAAGGGGUUUAAAAUAGAUGUUAAAAAUACCAUUUUAGUAACUACUCCGACCCAUCGGACCGUGAAUAAUCGGAUCUUACGAGUUGGGGUGUUAGAGUUCAUUCUGACGAAUCUAGAGAAACUGGAAAGUUGAAAGAUUUUCAAGAACCAUCGUCUUCAAGAACAUGGGGAUCAGCAAUAAUGUCUCCAACCUUCUCCUCCUCCUCUUCAUCAUCGCCGCCAGAACACUCUGCACCACCGCCGCCCACGCCGUCCACCGCCGUUCACUGCAAGCGGUUAAGGAGGAGAAGGGCGGGGGGAGAGUUGUGAUGACGGCGGCCGUUGUUGUGUCGGCUGUGGUGGCCACUUCCGCCUUUUGCGCCGUCGGCCUCUUUUGCAGAUGCCUAAAAAGGUUGAAGAAACCGAAGAAAAAUGAGAGUGGGGUAAAAGAAAGUGAUCAUCAAGAAACAGAUCAUAAUGAAAUAAAUAUAGCCGUUGAAGAAGAAGAAGAAGAAGAUUCACUAUCGUCGGACGAAGAAUCUUUCCAUUCCGCUUGCAACGAGAUCGCCGCAGAGGUCAUCACCCACGCGCCGCCGCCGCCGAUCCGGAAGCCAGAAGAGCAGUCAAUGCGGCCAAAAGGACCUCCACCUCCUCCGCCACCGUCAAAACCUUACAAAACGACGCCGUGUUUGGGGAAGGAUGGGAGCUCGCUCCCGAGACUGAAACCUCUGCGUUGGGAGAGUGUCAAAGCUGCUCGGAAUGUUUCGACUGUGUGGGACCACCUCAAACCAAGUUCCUUCCAAUUUGACGAGGAAAUGAUGGAGUCAUUGUUCUGUUACAACCAGCAAAACUCCAUGAAUGAUAUUGACGCCAAAAACAAUAAAGCUUCAUCAUCCCCAACGACUAAUAACAAGCACCUUCUCGAGCCCAAGAGAUUGCACAAUAUAACCAUUCUUUCCAAGGCUUUGAAUUUGACUGCAGACCAAGUUUGUGAUGCGCUACUAAAAGGAAAAGGAUUGGUUUUGAGAGAAUUGGAAGCAUUGGCAAAAAUGGCACCAAACAAGGAAGAAGAAUCAAAACUUUGGAGUUAUAAGGGAAACAUACAUGAGUUAGGAUCAGCAGAGAAGUUUGUAAGAACAAUAUUGUUGGAAGUGCCCUUUGCUUUCCGAAGAGUUGAAGCCAUGCUUUAUCAAGAAACAUUUGGGGACGAAGUUCUUCAUCUCACAAAAUCUUUUUCAACAAUAGAGGAGGCAUGCAAGGAGCUAAGAUCAAGUAGAUUGUUUGUGAAGCUACUCCAAGCGGUGCUAAAGACCGGAAACCGAAUGAACGCCGGAACGAUACGUGGCGGAGCCACCUCUUUCAACCUCGACGCCCUCCUCAAGCUGCCGUACAUCAAGGCCGCCGACGGCAAAACCACACUCCUCCAUUUCAUAGUCCAACAAAUCAUUCGAUCUGAAGGCCUCGAUCUCUCCCACAGCAUAAUAGGCAAGAUCCAACACCCAUUCGAGGAAUACGACUUCCACAGAAUGGGCCUGGAUCUCGUCUCCGGGCUAGGCCUGGAGCUCUGCCACGUCAAGAAGGCCGCCACGGUGGACUUGGAGUCGUUGUGUCAGUCUCUCACCCAUCUUUCUGGAGGAAUGAGUGACAUUAAGGAGCUCUUGCAAGAGGACUUGGCGGGCCCAGACCCAAAUAGGGACAUUUCGGGAACGGGAAACGUCACUUACUUAAAGAAUGUGUCUGAGAAUAACUACUUUGCGCAAACGAUGAGAGCAUUCUUGAAGACCGGGGAGAGGAGGUUGAAGGAUUUGAAGGAAGAGGAAGAGAGGGUUUUGGGGAGGGUGAAGGAGAUUAGGGAGUACUUCCAUGGAGAUGAUGUGGCUGGGGGAGAUGAACAUAAGAACCCGCUGAGAAUUUUUGUGAUUGUUAGAGAUUUCUUGGACAUGUUGGAUCAUGUUUUUAAGGAAAUUAGGAACUCAUCCAAGCAUCCCCCUAACCCUUUAUCUUCUUCUUCCUCCAUCACAUUCAUUAGAUAGUUGGUUUGAAAUUUUGGCUGAGUUUUGUCAAUAAUAAAGUGAAUGAUUUUGUUAAACAUAUAUCAAAUAUUUAUAAUAGGUACAAGUUUAACUCAAUACAUAUACUAUAGAGUAAAUUCCAUAAAGAGUCCCCAGUUAU